AGGCAGCGGUUUCCCAAAAAUUCUAUUGCCUCCUCCAGUCCUUCACUCCUUCACUAUCCACAAGAAAACAGUCCCAUCUUCUUUCUCUGUAGUCUGUACCAGGGAUUACUACAAUGACAAGAAAAACCUCUAAAUCCAAGAGCAAGACUAAGGCGAAGGCUAACACUUCCGAGGAAAUAGAGACUUUAUUAGAGAUUGACAAUGUCUACGACCCGGUUCCUCCUCCUUACCAACAGGGCCCCGAGCCCAUUGUGGUCUGCCCAAAUGACCCCAAGGACUUGGCAGAAGUCUACGAGAAGGUGAACUUCUAUGCCGCCGGCGUUAUCUUGAGUGUUGUGAAGAUGGUUGAGGGUCUGUCGAUGGAUGGCUACAACCUUGAGGCUGCGGAGAUUGGGGCUGAGGUCAUGGACAAGGGUAACAUGCCUGGGGUGGUGGUCUUCACCGGCAUCAUUGAGGAGUAUGCGAAAAUGGGCAGGACCUUGGAUGCUCUCAAGGCAUACAAGAGGAUGUUGGCCUCUAAGGUCACACCCAAUUCUUACACUUACAGUAUUCUAAUUGAGACUCUGGCCGGAGACGCUGAUCCGAAGUUCCUUGUUGUUGCUAAGAAGUACAUGCUGGAGAUGAUGGGGAUGGGAAUGAAGCCCAAUGCAUUGACUUAUACUGCGGUGUUUAAGGGGUUUGCGCAGCGGGGGAAGACAGAGGAGGCGAAGCAGUUCCUGGAGGACAUGAAAGCCAAGGGGUUUGAGCCGGACGAGAAGGCUGUAAGGGAGGUUCUUAUGGGAAGAAGGGGACCUAUGGUUAGAAGCCUCUUCAACAUCCUCUUUGGCAAGUAAUGCUUAUUAAUCUUGCUUUAUGUUAGGUAACUAGAGCAGUGUUGGAAGUUAAAAGACUGAAAUCAAAUGGAAUGCUUUUGGUGUCCUAGGUUCUGUGUUUUGUGGGUGUGAGAAGUGUCAUCUAGAUUCUCUUAGGGAAUUAGAUUGCUCAUUCCAUUACCCAUGUUAUAGAUUAGAGUUAGAAGUUAAACUUUUGGAAUCAAACGGAAAGGUUUGUCCUGAGUAGCUUUUGUACGUUUACUAGCUCUGUGAUUGACUACUGUU